GUGGCGCGAUAUGGGAAACUGAGUGGAAAAUAGUUUGACAGCCGGAGAGCCGAAGAGAGUAUUAUCGCCGUGUGGCUCUCCAUCUACCCAAACAACAUGUUUUCUAUACAGCAAAGUUGUUGGUUUGUCCGCAAGGUGAUUUGCUGGAGAGCUGUGGCCAGUAUUGCUUGGGCUGUCCUGUUGUUGCCACCCAUCACAGCAGUUUUUGUAAUCCUCAGCAGGUUCAGUCUCCUCCACCCCAUCCAGACGAUAUCAGAAUGCCUGUCCCUAUUAACAAGUGCAAGUGCCAUCUUCUCUUUAAUCCUGCUGUGUGGAGUGAUCCUCAUGGUUGGGUUCCUGAAUCUGGAGUAUUAUACAGUCAUCCCAACUAUUGCAUGCUCGAAAAUUGCCCUGUUUGGUCAGCUGCUCCAUCCUCGUCAGUUUGUCCAUUCCCUGGCCCACUGUAUCAUGGGAAUAAUCGUGGCUUGGUGUUGUGCCGUCACCAUCGGGGGCAGAUAUGAGACAAUCGGCUACCCUUGCACACAGAUUGAUGGCACUGACAGUUCCCCUCAGAUGUGUCUGAAUGAGUAUCACCUCAUCCUUCUGCUGGCUGGAGCCUUUGUUGGAUUCUCUCACAGUCUGCUGGGUGUGAUCCAUAACAUGAACUAUGUCUCUUUCCACACUGUUCAGCAAUACAAAUACCUUCGCUUUAAGGGAUCCCUGCCUUUGGUGGUGAAGUGCAGUGCCACUCAAGCACUUUACUCUGUCAGGAACUACAUUGUUGUGUAUUUCUUUUUGGGAUACAUUCCAAGAGCAUGGAUUUGUAAAACACUGUAUCUUCAUUUGAACAGCUCUGUCCACCCUCUUGACAGCAUAGCUGGACUGCUGGACCUCUCCCUGCUCUACCACCUGUGGAUCAGUGCCAGCUUCCUCCUCUUCACAUGGCAUAUCACACAGCUGCUCUUUAGGAUCUUUGUCACAGAGGUGUACAGUUUUCCUGUGCAGCCAUCUUUUACUGAGGAUGCCCACCAGAGUCUUCCUAAAGUUAUUACCAACAAGCAGCCAAUGAUAUUGAAGUUUCUAGCUCUGCAGGACUUGGCUCUGCUGUCUCAACACGCCCCAUCACGACGCUGUGAGGUCUUCAGUCUGAGUCAGCCAGGUGGCCAUCCUCAUAACUGGAAUGCCAUCAGUAAGGAGUGUCUGUCUCUGCUGGCUGAUCUGACCCAGAGACUCGUAGCCUAUCACGACACUAUAGCAACCAAUGGCAGGGCCAAAUCACUGUCUACUGGGAGUGAAAGGAAGACUUCAUCUGAGACAUCAGUAACCUCAGGUACAGAAGAUAUGAUGAGCCCGAGGCCCACUUUACUGAUGAAAACUCCGGCUUCGGUCUUCGCUCGCUCCAUUGUUGGCGGCCCACAGAGCCCUCUGACGGCGCCAUUCACUCCUGACCUGGACAGCCCUUUAGCUUCUCCUGCCCUGCGGCGUCUUACUGCUCCUGUGGAACAAUGCUCGCCAUGGUUCGGCACAGUGCAGAGCCCACACAUCAUGAGGAGAGCCCCAAAACUCUGGUCCACCUCCACAGAUUCACAGGUCAAUGGCAGUCCCCAGCCAUCCCCUUCCUCACUUCCCAGUCCCAAACAGGAACCGUCCAAACCAAGUCUCCUGGCUCAGUUCCUCCAGAACAGAAAAGAACAGGUUAAAAAUUUCUUGGCAAAGCGGGUGCUGAUAAUGUAUUUGUUUAACAAGCUUCCAGAAGCCUCCAGUCAAGCUCUGUUUGCAGACAGCCAGGCUCACAUCUGGGCUUUAGAAGGACUGUCUUACCUUGUUCAAGCCUCCUAUUCAGAAGACCAGUUUGGGGUUGUCCAGACUACAUUACCCAGCAUUCUCAGUUGCAUGCUGGUCUUACAAGAGGCAGUAGAUCGCCACUUCAAGCUGCCUCAUGCCUCCAGUAAGCCCGUCAGGUCGACCAGCAGCAUGGGAGACUCCACUCACAAAACACUGCGCUUUGCUCUCAGGGCCACUCUCAAGACUGCCAUCUACAGGAUAACAACUACUUUUGGAGAUCACUUAAAUGCUGUUCAGAUGUCUGCAGAGCAUCGGAAAAGAUUGCAGCAGUUUCUGGAGUACAAGGAAUAGCACACUUGGCUCUUGUGCCUUCAGUUUCUUAUCAGCGUGAUUUGUGUGUAUGUUCACAUUAGUAUAAGUGAGGCAACAAGUGAAAGCCCAUGAUAGUGCCUCUUUUAAUAUUUAUGUCAUGACGGAUUGUAUUUGAUAGGCUAGAUCACAUCUCCUUCAUGUAUGAGGCGACGGCAGGAAGCCCAACCGAUAAACUGAAACGGGUUGGAAGACUUACCGCCUGUGUUUGGACUGGAGAUUUAAACUAGCUUACUGUAUAGAUAAACAGCUCAUUCCAAAAAGAUGAUUGUUUAAUUUGUAUUACAAGAAAAUCAUAUCAAGUAAUCAUAUUUGACUUUUGUUAAUUAGGAUGAGGUGUGAUGAGUGAGAGAGAUGGCACGAUAUGUGGUGAGCAAGAGGCUGUGGUUUUUUUGUUUUUGUUUUUUUUGUUAUGAGAUCUCUUCAGUUUCACAGGUGUCAGAGAAUGUGUUCUGAUAUGUAUUUUCGUAGAUCUGGUUUUGUUCUAGACACCAGCCUGGAGAACAAGUUUACAGCUGUGCACAUCAGUUCAAGUUCUCUUAACUAGAAAAUACACCAUAGUCAGAUUUACAGAUCAGACUCCUCUGUUUGUAUAUGUUGACUAUUUUUUGUUUGUCAUUUGUCAUAUUAAGUAAGGAUGGAUAUACGGUGUGACUGGUUACAAGUGUAGGUAAAUAUGUUUUGUCACUGCCAAUAUGUAUUGAGUUUCAAUUCCCAUUCAAAGACCUGUUGAAUAAAAACAUUAUGUAAA